GUUUACUAUAUAAGCGAUUGAUUUUAACAAAACAAAUAACACUUCAGGUCUUGUAUUCAUUGAUUGAUUUCAAAUACAAUACAAACAUAAUGUUGAAGAUUGUAUUAUUGCUGUCGGCGGCCGCUCUUUGUUACGGCGUUGAGCGAACUGUUGACGAUUGGUGUCGAAAAGACGGUUACAUUCCCGGCACAGAUCCGCACGAUUACUACAAAUGCGAAUACGUGGCCGACCAGUGCUGGAACAGACAUCUGGAUCACUGUCCCGAUGGCGGCACUUGGGAUCAGGAACAUCAUACAUGCAAAGCAAAGCCUACGACCACCACCACUACCACAACUACAACCACCACAACCACAGCCGCUCCCACAACAACUGAAGAUGAGGUGGACUUUUACUGUUCCCGAGACGGAUACAUGACCUAUGGUUUAGAUAUCCAUAAGUUCUAUCAGUGCGAGAAUAUCGGACCCCAUAAGUGGAGACUAACCCUUCAGCCCUGUCCUGCCGGGGCAUCCGGACCAUUGGUUUGGCACCAGGAGCUUAAGAGAUGUGAAAAUCCAUAG